UCAUGCAAAUGAGGCCAGCGAGCUCUGUUCAGUGUGCUUUACUGCUGUCUGCCUGGUUGUUAUAGUGAUAAGCCGAGGCCCUGAGCCUCUCCGAUCCUACUUUUAAGAUUUCACAGCAACCUUCUUUUUUUUCUCCAGGGAUAAUUAGAGGAAGGAAGAAAAAAAAAAUUGCAUCACGAAGAAUACCCGAGAGGAUAUCUUUAGAUUGGAGAGCACUGAGCGAAGCCUGUUCUGGCCAUGCCAGUUCUCAGCAUUGAUGCUGAGUCAGAAAUAGGUAUCCCAAAAUCCCUUUGUGAUGAACUUCCCUUAAAAGCCAUGGAGGAAUUAGAGCACACUUGCCCUCAGCCUCGCUUGACUAUUGCCUCACCUGCUCCAUUUGCUGUAGAAACAAGCUGUCAAUGCAAAGCACCUCAUGAAAAAUUAACAAUUGUUCAGGCUCAUGUAGGUACGCCAGUUGAUCGACCUGUCAGGGUGUACGCAGAUGGCAUAUUUGAUCUCUUCCACUCAGGUCACGCAAGAGCACUCAUGCAAGCCAAAAACUUGUUCCCUAACAGCUACCUACUAGUUGGAGUUUGCAGUGAUGAACUAACACACAAGUACAAAGGAUUCACGGUGAUGAAUGAAAGUGAGAGAUACGAAGCUCUGCGCCACUGCCGUUAUGUGGAUGAAGUUAUCACUGAUGCCCCAUGGACCUUAACUCCAGAGUUCUUAGAAAAACAUAAGAUUGAUUUUGUUGCUCAUGAUGACAUUCCAUACUCUUCUGCUGGUUCAGAUGAUGUAUACAAGCAUAUAAAGGAGGCAGGCAUGUUUGUACCAACGCAGAGGACAGAAGGUAUCUCUACAUCCGACAUAAUCACUAGAAUUGUACGAGAUUAUGAUGUUUAUGCCAGACGUAACCUUCAGAGAGGAUACACUGCAAAAGAGCUAAAUGUUAGUUACAUAAAUGAGAAAAAAUAUAGGUUUCAAAACCAAGUGGACAAGAUGAAAGAAAAGGUGAAAAAUGUAGAAGAAAAAUCAAAAGAAUUUGUUUAUAAAGUGGAAGAAAAAAGCCAUGAUCUUAUUCAAAAGUGGGAAGAGAAAUCAAGGGAGUUUAUAGGAAAUUUCUUGGAGCUAUUUGGCCCAGAUGGAGCUUGGAAGCAGAUGUUUCAGGAACGCAGUGGGAGAAUGCUUCAAGCUCUGUCACCACUCCAGAGUCCAACUGGCAGCCCCACCCGAGAACGUUCUCCAUCACGAUCUCCUUCUCCAACCUUACCAUGGGUGAUCAACAAGCUGUCCACUCCUUCAUCUCCUAAGGGUGCUUCAGCAUCCAUUAGCAGCAUGAGUGAAGGAGAUGAGGAUGAAAAGUAACAUAAUGUUUUAGAAAAUGGUAUAUAUGUAAAGAAAAUACUUGACCCUUUCCUGCCUGAUGGACCGACUCAAACAUGAUUUUUGUUUGUUUGUAUAGUGAAUAAAGGAGAAUGUGAGAAUUAUUAAAAAUAAAUUCAGGAAUGUUAGAAUACUCAGGAUCCGUGAGUUAAAAUGUUCUAGAAAAACUUAAGUACAUCAUUUUUUAUUGGUGCCCUUAAGAAGCAGGUAUGUGUUCAACUGGCAAGUCUAAUAAUAAAGAGAUAACAGGCAGAAAGCUGAAUAAUUAAUGAAGGAACAAUUAGAGUUAAAUAUUUUGGAGCAUGUGGUUCCUGGUAUACUUGAGCCUUGUGCCUUUGUGCACAGUAAAUUGUUUAAUAUUAGUUAGAUCUAGCUUUUCAUAUGCAAUGCACUAUUGGAUCAAAGGGUAUUUACUCCAGAAUGCCAAAUAUUACGCAGCUUGUACUAAUAAAACAAGAUUUUAAUAUAUAAAUUAAUACGUCAUCACCAUGUUGCAUUGACGGCACCCUCCACUACCCACACACUAGUGCUAGUGAAGUAAAUUGGAGCAGAACACCUUCAUGAAAAAAUAGUCUGCGUUAACUAAAUAUAGUGCAAUGCUAUUUUCAGACUAUUUUUUUUUUUAUUAAACUAUCUUGCAGAUACCCUGAUACCUCCAUCAGACAUUAUUGACAUUAGCAUGAUUUCAAUGAAUGCAGGGCAUUCAACUUUACAGUUAUAGACAAACAUUAGACUAAGACAAAACCAUAAAUUACAACAGAAUCAGAGUCAUACAAAGAACAAGUAAAACAAGAAAACUUUCUUCCUUCUGUUGUAGAAUAAACACAACAGCUAAUAAACUGUUUAGCUUGCUACAGCUCCCCCUACUGUUCAGUCUGCCAAACACACAUUGUAUCAUGAAUGAUGUUAUUACGCAGAUAAUUACGGAUAUUUGUGAAAGCUGAAAGGUCACAGUUUUUCCAUCCUUGGGUGAAAGAGAAGAUUUAUAAAAACUCUCAAUAAUAUUUCUGUAAAAUUAACAAGUGUGAUUGUAACUAUUAACAAAUGAAUGUAAUGUGUGGCAUAUUGCAAAGCAUAUGAAGGCAUAUCAUCUAAAGAAUGCAAAUACUUUGUCAUUUCUAAUAAUCACUUAUCAUUGUUUCAUAUUCUGGCCUGUAAAGAAUUUUACAGAUGCUCUGUCAAAGACGCAUAAAGCUGAAUAAAAUCUCAUUCGUUUCUUUGA